AUGGUAAUAGAUCUCACGAAUUGCUCGCAGGAGAAAUAUAUUAAUCGGUUAGAUCAACCAUGUCUGUUGUUUAGCUAUCAGGAAGUCUAUCCGGGCAUUCUGGUUAAGCUCCAAGAACAGUGCUGGCAUCCAAUUAUAGAUUGGGUGCAAAAGUACUAUGAAGUGGACAUUAAAACAACAAACGGUAUCACCGGUAUGCAACUUCCGGAGACCAAGGACAGAUUAAAAUCUGUUGUCGAAAAGUUCGGCAACUUAAAAUUGUCCGGACUUGGUCUGGUAGAACGAAAGUUGACAGUCGAGGAAGCUUUCAAGGCCACACAGGUCGAGACCAUUUCGCAGACAAUGAAGUGGGGAGAGCUUGAAGAUG